UUUUUCCUAAUAGUAGUAAGAAACGUAACGUAAUUGCCAGCUCUGACCGUAGCCGAGCCGAAUCCGAUGACACCCAAGCGUUCAACCCUAUGCUUACUCUUCACGCGCUUACCCGCAUCCCGGCGACCCUUCAAUUAUUCUCCUCAUCCCUUACCCACCCCUUCACUCUUUCUUCCCUCUUGCUCCCGGCGCGUCAUCAUCGCCGCACCGACCUGUAUCUCUCUAUUAUAUCUCUCAUAUUCUCUCUCUCUCUCUCUUUCUCUUUCUUCUUCUUCUUCUUCUUCGUCACAUAUCAUCAACGAUCCAUACCUCCAAUCACCUUCGCAUCAAAUUUUAACAUUCAAUGGGUGAUUUAACGGACUCCCUCACGCCGUCAACUACCACCACCACCACCACCACUGCCAUCGCGCCCUACUCGCGUCCGUUACCUGUCCGUGAAGAUUGCUGGAGCGAAGAGGCUACCUCCACUCUCGUUGACGCCUGGGGCCGCCGUUAUAUGGAGCUCAACAGAGGUAAUCUCCGUCAAAAGGAUUGGCAAGAUGUGGCUGAUGCCGUCAACGCUCUCCACGCUCACUCUAAGAAAACGCACCGAACCGAUGUUCAAUGCAAGAAUCGGAUCGAUACUAUCAAGAAAAAGUACAAGCAAGAGAAGACACGUGUCACCUCUUCGAACGGAACCCUAACAUCUUCUUGGCCCUUUUUCGAGCGCAUGGACGCCUUGAUCGGAAGUAACGUUAAAGCGUCGUCAAAUUUUUCUCCUAAAUUAUCACAAUCUCCUCCGGUUGCCGUUCCGUUGUCGUACCGGAAAACGCAUGCCAUUAACAAUAACAAUAAUAUGAACCAUAAUAUUAGUAGUCCUAAUUUGACGCCAAUUCCCGCGGCGACGGUUGUGGCCUUGCCGCAGAAAAGAGGAUAUAACAGCGAGGGGUAUUAUAGGAAUUAUUCGGCUGUGGCUGCUGCAGCAGCUGCCGCGGAGAGUGAGGAGGAAGAGGCAGAGGAGGAGGCGGAAGAGGAAGAGAAUGAGAAUGAAGAGAAUUUUGGUGUUAAGAGAUUGGCCAAGGCGAUAGAGAGGUUUGGGGAAGUGUAUGAGAGAGUGGAGGCGGAGAAGUUGAGACAGAUGGUGGAGUUGGAGAAGCAGAGAAUGCAGUUUGCAAGUGAUUUGGAGAUGCAGAGGCUGAGGAUGUUUACCGAGAUGCAGGUUCAGUUGGAGAGGAACAAGCGUUCCAAGCGGUCCAGCCCCAAUGAUAUGUAUAGCUAGCCAUCUUGAGGAGAGCUUUGACAGUGUUUAUCUGACGGCCAAAUUUGAAGAAUCUUGAUUAUAUACUCAUAUCCCAACAAAGUACAUAUGGUUCCAGCUAAUAUUUGCCUCAGAAUUACCAGCUAUUAGCUGGAUAAAAUGUUGGAACUGUUUCAAUUCCUUCUUAUCUUCCCUUGUCUUAUGGUUUUUCAUUUGAUCAUUAUAAUUUACUUUGUACCGUUGGAAUUGGCCAAAGGUUGGCUGACUCAAUGUCUGAUUUUAGUGGUAAGACUUGUGAUUUGAAUAGCUAACUUUGUAAGUUAAUCUUGCAAUGUACAAGAUUAGGUUUAUUCACAAUCGUUCUUCUCAGAUGCUAUCAUCUGAUGAUGUUUGAAGUUUCUUAUCUUA